CUGGUGAGCAUAUAUACCCUUCGCUGCCUAGGCCGACGACCAUCAGGACACCCUAUUCUCUCAUUCUCUCAUUUGCUGGAUCUGAGUUAUCUGAGCUAUGCUGUCGAUCAAGAGGACGCUGAACGGCCUUUCCCAGGUCCCUGCAGGUACUCGCAAAGUACGAUGGGCGCAUACUGCCUCGGAUAAGGACAAGUAUAAGAUUAUCGUAGUGGGCGGAGGUUCCGCUGGUUUGAAUGUUGCGAACCAAAUCUUUAAUCGCUUCCAGUCGGCGGGGAAGGCCUUGAAUCCGCAGGACAUCGCAAUUCUGGAUUCAGCCGACUUCCAUCACUAUCAACCUGGAUGGACCCUAGUUGGUUCUGGUCUGAAGCAGAAGACGGAACUUCGGCGACCGCUCAAGUCUCUCAUCCCUCCGCAUUUGGCCCUUAUUCCUGAGAAUGUGCAGACCUUUACCCCCCAGUCCAAUUCAGUGACGACUACCUUGGGUCGCACCUUGUCGUACGACACUCUCGUUGUAGCCACGGGGCUUAAGAUCAACUACAAUGCUAUACCUGGAUUAUCCCAGGGGCUUGCUGACCCGAACUCCGGCGUCUCGACUAUCUAUUCUUACGACACUUGCGACAAGGUGUGGAGGGACAUCGACACACUCCGGUCCGGUAAGGCGAUAUUCACACAACCCGCGGGGAUCAUCAAGUGCGCUGGAGCGCCUCAAAAAAUCAUGUGGAUGGCUUGGGACCGAUACCAGAGGACCGGGCGCGGCGGUAACGUCCAAGUCGAGUUCUACACCGGCAUGCCGAGCAUGUUCAGCGUCAAGAAGUAUUCUGAUGCUCUAAAUGAGCUCCGUUUGCAGCGGGGGGUCCCUGCUCUCUUCCAGCACAAUCUAGCCUCCAUCGACGUUCCGAACCACAAGGCGACAUUCAACAAAGCCGACGGCUCUACUGCUACCGUAGACUACGACAUCUUGCACGUCGUACCGCCACAAGGGCCGCUUGAUUUCAUGAAGGGACAGCCGAUUGCCGAUGCAGCCGGAUGGGUUCAAGUGGAUAAGGAGACGCUGAGACAUGUCAAGCCCGAGUACGGCAAUAUAUGGGCUCUCGGCGAUUGCUCAUCGCUCCCCACCUCCAAGACCGCGGCCGCAAUCACCAAACAGGCCCCGGUCCUCACGGAGAAUCUGUUCUCCGUCAUGGACACCGGCAAACUUGGAAGUGCGAGGUACAACGGUUACACGAGCUGCCCACUCUUGACCGGGUAUGGUCAAUUGAUGUUGGCGGAGUUCAAAUAUGAUCUGGUUCCCGAAGAGACGUUCGCGGAGUACCUGGGCGACCAGUCCAAGCCCAGACGGUUGUAUUACCACCUCAAAAAGGAUCUCUUCCCCUGGGUGUACUUCAAUUACAUGGUCAAGGGGCAGUGGUUCGGGACUUCGGGACCGAUUCGCCCCUCCUUCCCGGCCGCGUUGGAGUAAAUAGCUUUCAGCCAUAUGUACUAGUUUGCUGUAUUUGCAUGAUCUUUGAAUUGUUACCCGUACACAUGCAUUUCAAGGCUCAAGGUCGUUCUCGACUCACGGCGUAACUUCGUAUGGAUUUGCGUUCUUAGGUCCGCG